CAGACAUGGUAUCCUCAAGUCAACAAAUACACUGUAUACGUCCGAUCAAGUGUUGACCAUGGUACUCAUUGUCUCUUGCCAAUGGCAUCAGUACCCUUGACAAGGCUACCCGCACAUAGUUGCAAACUGAACAUCAGGCUGUGAUGCCUUGAUCCUGCCAUGGACUCACAGCCUCGACCGACCGUCUACCGAUCACGAUCCUCAACCGACCCAAGUCGCCCAAAGGACUUGCCGACUAUCAGUGAGCCUGCGAAGGCGGAAGGCAAUCUUUCACCCACGCCCACCCGGCCGAACCACCUCCGCUCGAAGUCCUAUCUCUCACCCACCGAAACGAAGACACGGAAUGCAAUAACGCUGCCUGCAGCCAGUGCCUUGGAAAAGACGGCGGAGAAACUGCCCCGUAUCCAUUUACCGGGGUCAUCACACCGACGACAUCAGCAUCGUCACCACCACUCCCAUUCUCACUCGCAGUUGCCGCAUGACCAUCGUCACGAAGAGGGAAAGGGAUUACCGAAAGGCCAUCGACCGACACAAAGCGAUGCCCAACCAGCGACGUCGACGACAUCACGUCGGCAACAACAGUCAAAAGAGACGCCUUCCAAUCUCCCACAUUUGGUGGCGGGACUGAAUGCGGAGCGGGAAAAGCGAUUACAGCAGCCACCUCAGCCGCCCAAUGUCGCCGCUCCACGAUCGGGUCAGCAGCAGCAGCAGCAGGCGCAACAAUACUCGUUCGGGCCAUCCGGCACCACCAGCAGCGAUUACAAUGAAGGCGGGCGCUUUGAUCCGGGGCAACAGCAACGAGUAACUUCCGACUCAAACCGUGCGGCUGCUCUCCGGCCGAAAACAUCUUUUGAAAUUGCCCUAGAGCGAGCGGAGGAAGCGCGUGUGGCGCGAAGACUGUAUGUGAAAAAAGAAGAAAUUAUGAGGCGCGAUGUCGAGCUCGCGGAAGCAGAGGAGGAAAUGCGGUCACGCAUCGCAGCCAUCACGGCCAAGGGCGCCGAAAUCACCCGCCGUCUAGAUUACGGGUACUACAACCUUCUCGAGACGGUCGGCAGUCUGGUGGCCAUUAUCACGGGCUUUCAAUCGCUCAGCAAGCAGAGCGAGCAAUUGAUUGUCAAUUUCGACAAGGAGACGCGCCGUCUGGACGCGGACACCAACAAGCGCGUCAAUUCGUUCAAGGCCGCCUUUGAGGCUCGCGACCGCAAGACCCAGGCACUCGCCGAGCGCGGACAAAAGGCAAACGCAAAGGCCGAGGAGCUUAGUUUGCGCCUCGAGAAUGCCAGGCUGGUGAUUCAGAACUGGGAGAAAAGGGAGGACCAGGUCCGCAAGGUCUGGGGCCGCGUGGUCGGCGUAGUCUGGUGGACGUCGAUUACUGUUGUCGCACUCGUUGUGUUGGUCGUGCUGGGCAAGGAGGGUUGGUUCCGUGGUGACCCUGUCAAAGCUGGCCUCGGUGCCCACAGCGAGGGGAGUUGGAAUGCGUCAUUGCAGCUUGAUGGUAGUGAGGGUUCGGUUGGUGCGAGGAACGAGAGGUUGCUUUUGAUGCAGGACGACGACCAACAUCACAGCAGCUAUGUACACAAGGGCAAAGAGCCUGUGUCGGUCUCGAACUCGGCCUCAGUAGAGUCGGCUCCAGCAUCUCCUGAAUCUGUCCCAAAAGUACCCGAGGAUGUCCGACGUCUCCUUCUCGACAUAGCCGAGAAAAACCGUCGUCGCAAAGUCAAAUUCCCAGGUAUUAUACGAGACGCGCCAGUGGUUCAUGGCGGCCGGCGCCCUGACAUGGGGCAACAAAACAGCCCGAAUAGAAAUGGAGCUGAAGACACAACACAACUACAGCAGCGACAUGGCCAACACGACCCUACCGCCGCGCAGGGCCCGGGAGAGCAUCAUGCAAAGCCAACAACUGGACUUCCACUUCCGUUCUCAACGCCACUGCAGCUACCAUUUUCUCUCCCUCACCCAUUCGCCUUUCCCAAAGCAGCUGUCCGAAACCAGCGUGGGGAAUUGGAAGAGAAAGGCGAAGAUCCACGAUUGAAAUUGUUGGACCUACUAUAGCCAGACUGUCUGUCUGUCCGGUCUCUCUUGCCUUUUCACCCCUGUUUUGGCCGUUUUCGACAUGGAAAUGAAAUGAAAAGGAUGUCAGUAACUCGGGAGUUGAAGGCGCUCUUAACAGCAAAAUGGGCUGGGAAAGCAUGACACUACUAUUGCAUGGCUCGAUCCGGUCGUCCCGAGUAUACUCGCGUGUUCUUGUUCCUAUUUCAUUAGUAUUGCCCGGGAAGAAAUGUUCUUUUGAUUUAAAGAUACCCCUUUACAGUUUUGGUUUUUUUGAUUAUUUCUACAAAAAAUGAUAUAUCUGACAAAAAAUGACGUUACAUUUACACCUGUAUCGCCGAGCACGCUGUAUCUCUGCGCAUCCAGGAUCUAAGGAUAAAGAUAAAGACGGGACUAUCAUAGCAUAAGCCUUUGAAAGAUGAUGAACUCUUCAUUCGGUUCCCACAGUCUCCGAGCCAGUAAAUGGCUUUUUGUUGAAGGUAAGGUAUG